AUUUGUCAGUUAAAUUUUUGUAAGACAAUUUAACGUUAGGUUAGGCCAUUAAUACUGAUAAAUUACUAAGUAAAAUUAUAAAAAUUAGCCACAAAAAUAUCGUUACCGGGCUUUUCCAUCCCCAGUUCGAGCAAUUUCACAACAUUUGUGAAUUCCACCUUUACUGCGGUAUAAAUAUCAACAGUUUUCAAUCAGGAAGCGAUUGCCUGGAGACUUGCUGGCUGCCAGCUAAAAGAAUCGUUUGUUGUAGCGCAACACCCGAGACAAACUUAAAAAUUUAUCAGGAGCCGUUCCCCCACGCCAAAAGUGCCAAAAGAAUGUCGUCGCCAUGGAUCAAGACCCAGGAGCCAAUGCAGACCGCGAGUCUAGCUGAUAUCAUGUCGGAGCAGUAUGCCCAUCGCCUGCACAACAAGGAGGUAAAGCGGCAUCAGCAAACCCAAAAGAGAACCGAGCAGGAGGUCUCCUCCAUCUGGGGCGGAGAAGCAGCCUCACCGGGUGCUGCCAGCUACUCCGAUGUGGCCGCAAUAUCAGCAAAGACCAACAGCGAAACGGAAGAUUGGGAGGAUUACUCUGCUCUCCUGAAGGAGUGCGCGGAUGCCGAUUUGCCACCAGAGGUGCUGGCACUACUUGAGGAAGACGCCAGCGGUGCUGGCAGCGACUCAGAUGCAGUCAUUGCCCAAAUGCUGCAGUCAGAAUUUGAUCACGAGUACAAUGAGCAGCUGCGUCGCAUCGAGCAGAAGCAGAACAAGCAGUCCAAAGUGACUGUAACGCUGGAAAAGUUCCGACGCAGCGGCGAGGUAGAGUUCCUGCACGACACCGAGGAGGAUGACUACGAGGAGGACGAACUGGAGCGUCUAAGGCACGACUGGGACCGUUUCGAAACCAACGAAAAGAGGCUGGAGUCCAUACCGAGGUGUGGCUUCAAAAUGAGCAAGGAGGGCGAAAUGAUCACCAAGCAUGAUCCGCAGCUGUGCGCUGUUCGCAAUGCACAGCGCGUGAUGUCGUUUCCCCCAGAGUUUCCCACUGGCGAUGGAGCUGGCUUCGACAUGAAGCUUUCUAACAAGGUGUUCAAUCAAUUGAAGGCCUACUCCCGUCGCGGCCGUUCCGAUCGACACGAGAAAGUGGCCACCGCCGAAAUGGGCCUGGAUGCCAGCACUCGCCUACUCCUUUACAAGCUGAUCAAUAAUCAAGUCCUCGAACAGAUCAACGGCAUCAUCUCCACGGGCAAGGAGGCCGUGAUUCUUCACGCUAACUCCGAUUCCAGCUACACGGGAAGCAAUGAGCAUGGUCAUCAAAGCGGUGUGCUUAUGCCGCCUAACCUCCUGCCGAAGGAGUGCGCCAUCAAGAUCUUUAAGACGACACUGAAUGAGUUCAAGCAGAGGGAUCGGUACAUCAAGGACGAUUAUCGCUUCAAGGAUCGAUUGAGCAAGCAAAAUCACCGCGUUAUCAUAAGCAUGUGGGCGGAGAAGGAGAUGCACAAUCUAAUGCGCAUGCAGAACAUUGGCCUUAACGUGCCAGACGUGGUGGUCCUGAAAAAGCAUGUUCUGGUCAUGCGCUUCAUCGGCGACAAUCACAAUGCGGCGCCCAAGCUAAAGGAUGCCCGUCUGAGCUCUUCAGAGCUGAGCUGCGCCUACGAGGAAAUUGUGGCGGCCAUGCACAAGUUAUAUAAUGAGGCAAAGCUGGUCCAUGCCGAUCUUAGCGAGUACAACAUUCUCUGGUUCGAAGGCAAGUGCUGGUUCAUCGACGUGGCCCAGAGUGUAGAGCCGAAGCAUCCCAGUGCCCUGGAGUUCCUCAUGCGGGACUGCGGCAACAUUGUGAACUUCUUCGAGAGACGCGGACUGCCGAACAUCUACAGCAAGGAGCAGCUGUUCGAAUAUAUCACUAAUCUCAAUGCCGAGACCCACAAUGCUGCCAUGCUGGAGAGGAUUCAUACAAGGGGCGCCUCCAUCAACGAGGCCACUGCACCCAAUCAGCAGGAGUGUCCGGAUGAACUGAAGCCUCUCGAGUAUCCAUUCGAGCUGGCCUGGGAGAAAUCCCAGCGGGAUCGUGAGGCGAGCAAAACUAUCAAGCAGAAUCAGGACACUAACGAAAACUGUGACGAGGAAAACAAAGAUAAGGACAAUAAUACUGCCACACGUUGAAACGCCAGUGUUCCUUCGAUAAUUAAAUUUCUUUGGUUCGUAUUUUCUGGUUGAUAUUAAUCGAUAUUUAAUGUUUGGAAUCGCUAAUUGAGUUUGAAAACUCCAGGGAAAUAUAAAAUAUAUUUAUUUUAGAUGAGUGGCUCGACUAUAAGCACACCUCGAAACAAAUUA